AUGUUGUUCCCAAGAGCCAAGCCAAUGCAAGCCCUGAGGAUGUUCUCCAGCAUCGCCCUCUGCUUUGAGAGUGCAUUCACUACUGACUGCGGGAACCCGAUCCCUCUCUCUCCCACAAAUCCACCCUUCAUUCCCAACGGAACCUUCUCCGCCCCGCCCCCGAAACCCAACCCUAACCUUACACUAGAUGGGCACCCUCAACCCCAACCCCGCAAAAAACCGCAAUCCCGCCGCGGUCGGCGUCGCCAUCCCCGCGAUGCUCUGACGAAGGAAGCCCGCGUCCGGCCAUCGCAGAUCGUCUCCCAUGUCGGCUCUCUCCGUCGCGCGGCCGAGGACGUCGACCUCAACGCCCUCAAAUACGCCGGCUGCCGAAGUACCGGCCUCUCCCGCGCCCCGAAGCUCGUCGAGAUGAUCGCCGCAGUCCCCGAGGCGGACCGAGAUGCCUUGCUCCCGAAGCUACGGGCGAAGCCCGUGAGGACGGCGUCGGGGAUCGCUGUUGUUGCUGUAAUGUCGAAGCCUCAUCGGUGCCCGCAUAUUGCGACGACGGGGAAUAUUUGUGUGUAUUGUCCGGGGGGGCCGGACUCGGAUUUUGAGUAUAGCACGCAGUCCUAUACGGGGUACGAGCCCACGAGCAUGCGGGCGAUUAGGGCAAGAUACAAUCCCUAUGUCCAAGCUAGAAGCCGAAUAGACCAACUAAAAAGGCUAGGUCACAGUGUGGAUAAGGUUGAGUUUAUCUUGAUGGGAGGCACUUUCAUGUCUUUGCCUGCUGACUAUCGUGAUUAUUUCAUUAGAAAUCUUCAUGAUGCUCUGUCAGGACACACCUCAGCAAACGUGGAAGAGGCUGUCAGCUAUUCAGAGCAUGGUACCAUCAAAUGUAUUGGCAUGACAAUAGAAACGAGGCCUGAUUACUGUCUAGGGCCUCAUUUACGUCAAAUGCUAUAUUAUGGUUGUACACGACUGGAGAUUGGAGUACAAAGUACCUAUGAAGAUGUGGCUCGAGACACUAAUAGAGGUCAUACAGUAGCUGCUGUUGCUGAUUGUUUUUGCUUAGCGAAGGAUGCUGGUUUCAAGGUUGUUGCACACAUGAUGCCUGAUCUUCCAAAUGUUGGUAUCGAAAGAGAUAUGGAAAGUUUUCGAGAAUUCUUUGAGAAUCCAGCUUUUAGAGCAGAUGGGCUUAAAAUCUAUCCAACCCUUGUCAUUCGUGGAACUGGUCUCUAUGAGCUAUGGAAAACUGGCAGGUAUAGGAAUUACCCACCAGAACUCCUGGUGGACAUUAUUGCUAGAAUUCUAUCCAUGGUACCACCAUGGACUCGAGUUUAUAGAGUCCAAAGGGAUAUUCCAAUGCCGCUAGUUACUUCAGGAGUUGAGAAAGGAAAUCUUCGAGAGCUCGCUUUGGCUCGGAUGGAAGAUUUAGGCUUAAAAUGCCGUGAUGUUAGAACGCGUGAAGCUGGAAUCCAGGACAUCCACCAUAAAAUUAGGCCAGAAGAGGUGGAGCUUAUACGGCGUGACUAUGCAGCCAAUGAGGGCUGGGAGACCUUUCUCUCAUAUGAAGACACGCGCCAGGAUAUUCUGGUGGGAUUGUUACGUUUGCGUAAAUGUGGCCGCAACACGACUUGCCCUGAAUUAAUGGGCAGGUGCUCAAUUGUUCGGGAACUUCACGUCUAUGGCACUGCUGUCCCUGUACAUGGGCGUGAUGCUGACAAACUGCAACACCAGGGCUAUGGUACACUUCUAAUGGAAGAGGCAGAGAGAAUUGCCCGGAGGGAACACCGUUCAAAAAAGUUAGCUGUUAUCUCAGGCGUGGGAACUCGCCAUUACUACAGAAAGCUGGGUUACGAACUUGAAGGCCCGUACAUGGUUAAAUAUUUAUAAAACCGAACAUUUACCAAAGGAUGCGUAAUGUAGCAUAAACUCUGAUUCAUAUGUGGUAUUUAAACUCGUUUUUGCUUUCUAAGUAACAGGAAUCAGUCUAUUAGUGUUGUAAAAUUUUGUACGAGUUGUGGAAAUUUUCGUUAGUGUUUGAGGGCGACCUUAUCCUGCGCCUCGAACCAUUGAAAGCUGGGCAAACCUGUUUAGUAAUGUAAUAUAUUUACAUUCUUCUUUUCUUAACAAAGCUUAAAGAUUGUAGCC